UCAUCAUUCACAGCAUUUAAAGAAAGCUCGCAUUUUAUUUAAAAGAACUUUAUUUCCAUUCAGAAAACUGUUAGUGACUGAACCAAAAAACUUAAGCAAAAUUCAUACUAUCAACAAUGGCGUCUUCAGCUAUAGCCUCAAGCUCUACGCCUUUCAUCAACAAGUUAUUUGUCAUGCAGAAAGAUGUAGGACUAUCAGCUUUCUCAUCACAGCCUUCAUUAUGCAUUCAAACUGCCAAGAAGAAAAUGGUUUCCAAGAAAAUAUUCUCUGUGAUGUCGCCACAGCAUAGUGAACGCAAACCAGCCACCACUGGCUCAGUAAAGACUGGGAUGACUAUGACUGAGAAGAUAUUAGCUAAGGCUUGUGGCAAGCCUGAGGUUACUCCAGGUGAAAAUGUAUGGGCCAAUGUUGAUGUUCUAAUGACACAUGAUGGUUGUGGCCCUGGCACUAUUGGAAUUUUCAAGAAACAGUUUGGGCAGAAUGCUAAGGUAUGGGAUCCUGAGAAGAUUGUUGUUAUACCCGACCACUUUGUAUUCACGGCCCAUGAACGAGCACACCGUAAUUUGGAUACACUGAGGGACUUCUGCAUUGAGCAAACUAUUAAGUACUUCUAUGACAUUAAAGAUCGUGGGAACUUCCAGGUUAAUCCAGAUUAUAAAGGAGUUUGCCACAUUGCUCUUGCCCAAGAAGGUCACUGCAGACCUGGAGAGGUUUUGCUAGGGACAGACUCUCAUACAUGUAAUGCUGGAGCUUUUGGGCAAUUUGCUACUGGAAUUGGCAAUACAGAUGCAGGUUUUGUGUUGGGUACCGGAAAGCUUUUACUCAAGGUGCCUCCAACUUUGAGAUUUGUCAUGGAUGGUGAAAUGCCCAAUUACUUGCUUGCUAAAGACUUGAUUUUGCAAAUUAUUGGUGAAAUAUCUGUGGCUGGUGCUACAUACAAAACAAUGGAGUUCGCUGGCACCACAGUUGAAAGCUUGAGUAUGGAAGAAAGAAUGACAUUAUGCAACAUGGUUGUUGAAGCUGGUGGAAAGAAUGGUGUCAUCCCAGCCGAUAAAACAACAUAUGACUAUCUUAAGGACAAGACAUCUGUGCCGUAUGAACCUGUUUAUAGUGAUGGAGGAGCCAGAUUUCUUAAAGAAUACCGAAUUGAUAUCUCCAAGUUGGAGCCUUUGGUGGCAAAGCCGCAUUCACCUGAUAAUCGUGCUUUGGCUAGAGAAUGCAAAGAUGUGAAAAUCGACAGAGUAUAUAUUGGAUCUUGUACUGGUGGAAAGACAGAGGAUUUCAUGUCUGCUGCAAAACUUUUCCAAGCUUCUGGAAAGAAAGUGAAGGUUCCAACUUUCCUUGUUCCUGCUACUCGACAGGUGUGGAUGGACAUAUAUAGUCUCCCGGUUCCAGGAUCUGGUGGUAAAACAUGUUCCGAGAUUUUUCAGGAAGCUGGUUGUUAUGAACCUGCUAGUCCUAGUUGUGGUGCUUGUCCUGGCGGACUUCCAGACACUUAUGGGCGGCUCAAUGAACCUAAGGUCUGUGUCUCGACCACGAACAGGAACUUUCCAGGUAGAAUGGGGCACAUUGAAGGUCAGAUAUAUCUUGCAUCACCAUAUACAGCUGCAGCAUCAGCAUUGACUGGUUAUGUCACUGAUCCUAGAGAGUUUUUGAUGUGAAGUUCUUGAGAGUAAUUCAUUCUCAAAGUUGGACAAUAUGCUUUACACUAGUAUAUGAGAGGGCUAAGCUCUUGCUUUUGAUGUUAUGGUAUUCCAUUAAAGGGCUGUUUUAUUCUGUUUUUCAUAAUUUUGGUUUUUAUGUUUUGGAACUUGUGUUUGAACAAAAAGUUUAAGGCUC